CCGAGUAGUCAUCGUCAUCGUCAUCCGAUCGAUACCAAUGAUGUAAUGGCACGAUCGCAGUGUUUGAUAUAAAGUGGUUGCUUUCGACUUCGACUAGACACGGGCUCUACUGUCAUUAACAAAAAAGAACAUCCAACAUCCAAACCUACUUGGUUCGAGUCUUCCAGGUUGACAUCCCGUAUAUUGCCAUUGUCGAUCGCAAUCGCAACCACUACCACUCCCUCGCAAUCAUGUCAGACCACCCCCCUCUCAGCCGCAGCUACCUGAACUCAAAGAACGUCCAACCCAUGGACCACGCCUCAGACAGCGAGGACUCAGCCAGUGCUAGCGCCAGCCAGCCACAACUUGCCGGUCCGGGGUCCGACACGACCGCAAAGCCACACUCGAACAAGAUCCUGAGCAAGCUUGACCCGCGACUCGACAGCGAUAUUCUCGAGGAGACGGAGCAGGACACAGCUCAACAGGAGGGGGGUGAGAGACGGGGGAGUCACUUCCUGAGACUGUAUUAGAUGGGGCUGUUUCGUUAAUAUAAAGUGAUUUCAUUCGUGGAUAUGGAUUUGGUUGGUAUACACAUAAUGGGUAAUACAGCGAGAAACUGGUGGUCAUAUUAAUCUAGUGGGUUGGUUCUGUUCUGUUCUGUUCAUUAGUCU